AAAAACAAUCCAUCACUGGACCCUCUGUCACUAUCAUCCAUGUGUCUUUUGCCCAGAAAACAUUUAUCUAAUUUUUCCUCACAUGGCAGCUUCUGAAAAUGAGUCAUAAAUAUUAUAAUAGUGUUUCUCUCUGAACGUCACAGAAGACUGGUUGUUAAUGGGCCAGCAUGACCCCUGACUCAGAGUGUGCGUGUGUGUUUGUCAGGGUUCCUAUGCGCAUGCUACGCUGUUGAGAGGUGUAAAUUGAAGGUCUUGUGCCGCACACACACAUACACCCACACACAGAUGUAAGAUCAAAGGAAAUGAUUGUUUUCUCGGAUAUCAGAUUAACCUAAUCCCAGGCCUGGCACAGGUGUUGGAUUGUUUUCCAAAUUUUCAAAGGUCAAGUGUGUGUUUUUAGAAGUUGAUCCCAGGGGAAAGUCCUUCUUUUUGACUAAUUAAACAGAUCUGUCCUUCAAAGACCACGUGUUGGCUUGUUUCAGAUUUAAGAAGUGAAGUCUCUCUGGUGACACUUUUAAUGAGCACAGUGUAAAAUCGAAAUCACAGAAUGGAAAUGGUAAUAAUGUGCUGUGACAGUAGUAAUAGCUCGGUCAUUAGGAGUGGCACAAAGGCCGUGCACAUGGUCCAGCUUUCUUUCUUUGUCCCCACCUCAUUAAAUCCAAACCCAAAGAUUGAGACGCGGACUGUUUUUACAGAAAAGACGCUCAAAUAUAAGCAACCGAGGUUUGCUGAAACACUCUGCCCAAUUAGGAAAGUGUUGAUUGACAGACAAACUGUCUUUGUGUGGAGACAUUCACAGACGGUCAAGCAGCUGAUGCCACCUUGAGACCUUGAGUGUGUGUUUUUGAGUGAAUGUAUAAGGGAUAGAAAACAGGCUAGAGAGACAGAUAGAAAACUGAUGCAAUAGUUUGUGUCACCUUGCAGUUUUAUUCAAAUCUUGUUUCACUGCAAGAUUUUGGUUGGGAAAGGGACACAACAGACGCAGUGUGUAAUCCUUAUCAAAUCUGAGAAAUGCACGGGAGUGUUAGAAAAUAGAGAAAGCAGCAGUGUUUGCUGAGAUUUGGGAAUGUGGCAGCAGGCAACUGUGAAAAAAAUAACACAAAAUCACAUGUUUGAUAAAUCCAUAUCCAAAUUUUGGAUAUGCACCCUUUUGUUAUGGUAAAAGAAAAACAGUCAGACAACAAGGGAAACAGUAUUGUGCCUCUUUCACAUGAAAAUGUUCAGUAGCUCUGCCUCCUGAAAAUUUUCAAAGCUGGUUCCUUUGCAGCGUAAAGGGACUCGCAGAGGGCAGGACGUGGCUUCAACUCAGAGUUAAGGAUUUAACUCAGAGUUUGUUGAACCACCUACGUGAAACGGACCCCAGAUCAGCUGAGACCUAUGCUAUCAUAUCAGAGCUAUGUUUGAAUUGAUGGAUGUGCUGUGUAACAUUUUUGCUGUCUUUGUCUUGAAGAUGAUUCUUCUCCUUAAAACCAUAUAUAAAUAUUGUUUAUUUUUGUCACAUGUCCCAAUUUCUUGUCCCUAAAAGUAGCAUGUCAUUAACAUCACUCACUCCAGCUUCCUUGCUCAUUCUUGGUGAUAUCUGACUAAAGUCAAGGAUGAAAAUCUGUCUGUGUUAGCACAUGCCGUCCACCCAGCCUGAAAAAUUUAGCAAGUUUUCAGGAAUUACUUUGUGAGUGCAGUAGAGUUGUUGGCUAAAACCGCUUAAGGGCCUGUGUCCACAAGCAGCCUCACUUGCAACAUCACAGUGCCCCUCCCCACAGCUUACCAUUACCAGCUCACAAAAGUUGCCUCACAGCACUAUGCCUUCCCACAGUAGUGGCUAUUCAGGCUGUUUUUUAAAUGCUCUGUAAGCAAAGUAUUUGUUUUUUUGUUUGUCUGUUGUUUUUCAUAUUGUAUUACAAUACAUUUGUUACAUCGUCCAGGAAUUAGUAGCCUUACCCCUGAAGUUUGCACCUUCCCAAAACAGGGUCUGGUUAGCUUCUAUAUCAUUGUCAAAAGUAACAUCUGAAGUCCCGCCUCUUUAACAUUUUGCGUGGACAGUGACACUUGAGUAACACCAUCACUGGCAGCUGUUUUCUAAAACCAGAAUUAAACUAUUUUUCACUUAAGGUGCUGAAACACAUCAUCAAAAAACGGCAGAUGCUGAUGGCGUGUCUGUGCUCCUGAUGCUGAGUGCUGAAACUGAACUGCAUUUUCAAGAAAGAAAGAAAGAAGAAAGACAUUGUUCGUGUACACAGGCCCUAACUGUCUUUUAAUUGGCUUCUAUUUAGAUGGUGUUGAAGAGUAAUACCCACGGGGAUUCCCAUGUUAUAUUCAAUAAAACAAUUUAAAGAUGGAAUGGAGAAAAAGGAAAGACAAAAUGAAAUUUCACAUAUGGUUUCCUGUACUUGCUGCCAGUAGAGAUUAUCACUUUUUGUUCUUAAUGACGUGUUUUGUCCGAAUUUGAGAAGCCUGGAUCGCUGAGCUUUAUGGGUUCUGUAGUAGUUUUUAAGUCCUCUGUCGAGACUCAUUCAGCUUGUUUGUCCCAAGCCCAGAGGGAGGAAAGGUGACACCUCCUGCCUUGUGUUUUAUAUACUGCUCAACAUACUUUCCACUCACCAUAAGCAUAUAAUCACACCAUGAAGGACAAGGGGGCAGUUUUACAUGUCUUCUACAUGCUGUCUAUAUUUAGCAGUCUUCUUCUUCUUCUUUGUGUCUGUGGCUCGAGCUCAUUGGCACAUUGUCUACCGCCCUCAUGUCUCACUUUCUCUGCAUUUCACUACCUCUGCCUUUACUUGUCCAAGGGUUGUUUUGACAUUUCCGCUGUUUAUAUCCUCCACAGACACAACCAUCUGCGGCCAACCCUGACCACACUGUGUUGUCCCCCAGGCACAGACCCUUGUUAUUACCAUCCAGAGCAACAGUCGUAGAGUGGAAAAGGAUUGUCACAACCACAAAUACACCAGUUUCACAUUAGGGACUGGAAAGCCACAGAGGGAAGUGCACACAAAUCCCUCAUCCUGGCUCAGCGCUUGGUCGGUGAAAUAAAACAAAAGGCAAACAGCGAGCCUGAGCAGGGAUGAGGCCGCUGAUAAAGAUCUGUCAAUAGCGCAUUUCCACGAGAUAGAGGGUUUGAAGGGAGGCAGGGAGGGAUGCAUGGAAGGGGAACAGACAACUAUGGAGAGGGGUGCAGAGCAGGGGCCCAAAGUUUUCCUGUAAGUUGCAGAAAUACUGCUGGACAAAUAAGCAUCUCCAAUUGUUCUGCUGAAGCAGGUUGCCAAGGAAUUUGGGGAAUGGGGAAGAUUCCUCAGAGAGGCUACCUUUAGACUACCUUUCCAAGACCACCCCUCUUCCCCCCUAAAAACAUUCCUCCAUCAGCCUGUCAGUCUCAAAGUGCAGACAGAAUUAUGCCGGCGCAACCCCUGUUGAUGAUCCUCAGGAGACAGAUCUUUGAGAACAUGAAAUGGACUUGGAAAUACACCUUUCAUCAGAGCAGACUCUGCAAUCCUCGUGCCACAAGUUGAAGUAAAGCGCAGAAACAUUCUGGUCCUGGUACUAGAACCUGGAAUGUAAAUCGGGUUAUCUGGCCUUGCUCAGACUGUAAAAAAAGUAAUGUGUUGCACCUAAAGUGUCGCUCAGGAGGGCGGCUGACCUCAUUUUGUUAAUGUAUUUUUUUCUGGCGGAACAAAGCUGUUGAUGGUAUUUUACUGAAAGCAAUAUGACCCGGCACUGAAUUCCACAGGCACACAUUAAAUUACAGCCUAGUGCUGCUGAAAGCUGCACAGGAUUGCAGCUGAAGAUGUACAGCCCCUGUUAUGAGGGAAACAGAUACUAUCCAUUGGGUUGGCCUUUCGCGAAUGGUUCCCAUUGCCAAGUAAAGAGAGGAUAAUGCUGGAAAGGGAUUAUAUUCCCAGGGUAAGAAUUUAUACAAAUAGCUUCCAGGCGACAUCUCUCAACCAGGGCAAUUCUCGAGCUUGUGUUGAGUGUUAAAGGGUGUGAAUUUCUUCAUCAGUCUAUGCCCUGGAGUCGCAAUAGUACAAAUGUGGGUAUAUCUAUACAUGACACAUCGCCUGGAGUAUACCAUCAGUCUUUCCGAGUGCUUUUAACAAGGGUAUAACUACUGCUGGAGUGAUCCCUCAGGAGGUGUAUAUUACAGCGCAGAGUGCCAAAAAAGCAAAGUGUUAAAGAGCCACCAACAGUGAUAGAGAAACCAAACACCACAGCCAGUGUGCUCAUUCUGAUUAGACAAGGUCUGAAAACUUGGACAGGGAAGUAGACAGAGCUAAUACAGAUGCAUAAGGAUUACUUAGAGAAGACACAGAGGAAGAGGAAGGAAGGGAGACAGUAUAGACAGAAGAGAAGAAAGAGGAGGCAGAGAGAAAGCAGAGAUCCUUGUAUGUCCCUUAUCUGGGUAACAUAAGGAAUCUUAAUAGUAGUGCAGGUUGUGUGUUCUGGGCUAUCUCACAGGCGACAGAGUACUGGACUGGGGAAUGCAGCAUGCCUAAAGGAGCUCCAGUACUGUGCUUUGGGAAUUAAUAGCAGAAGGAUUUCAAUGUCUGGGAUGAGAAUGAAAGGCUGGGGGAGGACGCAGAUGGAAAAAAGAGAAGCGGAAGAGAGUUAACAUAAGGGUCUGAUCCGAUCGCAAUUUAUGUUUGACGCAUAAAUUUACAAGGGGCGUGAAAAAUUCAGCAGGGAAAUUCGUCUGCAUGCAGAGAAUAAUACAUCCAAGUCUGAUGUGUUUGUUGGCAUGGCUCAGUCGAAGCCUCUCAGUGUUUGUCUUUCCUUCUGCUCUCUCCUUCUCCUGCCUGUUGGCCUACAAACCCUCUUCAGUCAGAGUACCUGAGACUGGGAGAGCAUUGUGCACAUCAGCUUUUGCAAUCCUUCGGCCUUUACAGCUGCACAUGCACAUUCCUGUCUGAAAUUACCCAACUCAAAGCCCCUCAAAUUGGCCAAAGAUCAAAGUCAUGUUAUGCAGAUGUAGACCGCCUCACUUCUAAGUGGACUGUGGAUGGGUACAUGAGAGGUAAAGGUGUCUGGCUUGUUGAAAAUUCAGUCAUACAAUUUUACUUUUUUGCAUAUGACUCAGAAAUGUCAUCAUAACUUGUUCAUGCCACAUGGGAAUGCCUUGAAUAUAGUACUAUAUAUGAGCUACGGGGGGAAAAGUUCAUGCAAAUGUUAACUUUCUGUAGCAUACAGGAGAGUUGAAUCUGUAUUUGAAUCAUUUUUUAAGGAUGAUACUCCUUCAUAAACUGCUGUUGGGAAGAAAAGUAUAAGUAUGAUCGCAGAUGUUGGAUACAAUAGCAGGGAAAGACAUUAAUUUUGAAUCACUGUUCCAAUGUGAAGUAAAAUGUGUUCUGAAAUAACCUCAACAGACAAGGAAUAAGAAGUCGUCAGUCAUUGGGUGACACUCCCAUUCACUUCAUUUGGUCGCCACUUGGUUCAACUGGUCUUUACAAAAUUAAGAGGCUCUAAAGGCAAAGGCUCUAUCUACUUGAACUUUACAGCUAAUCCUUUAAAAUAUCAGAUGGGAUCCCCUGAAGAUCCAACCCCCAAUUUCCGUCGCAUCCAGAACAGCUCUGCUACGGAACGGGGGCGAUUUUCGCCGUCUGCCAAUUCCUACCAGAUGCGUUUGUGAGGCGAAUUUCAUGGCGGAUUUCGGACAGCGGGAAUUGCAAAAACACAAAAGAAUCUGCAGAUUCACAUGCAAUCGCGCGAUUACGAGUUGUCUCCAUAAAGACAGUCACAUAACUAUAUAAGCAGUAGAUUGUGUCCUUCCAGAGGAGGAAAUCCACUUCUAGACUUCUAGAAUCAGCAUCUCCUCGUCCAUGGUGCCAACGGGGUGAAAUGCUGUCUGAAAACCUUUCGAUUUUGCGUCCCCGACCAUUUGCACGUGUAGAGUUUUAUUUUGAAAAGAAGCCGGAUGUUUUAUUUUGUGUCUGUGCCCGACUUCCUUUCCAGCAAAGGUUAAUCUGUGCUGAAUUUAUACGGCAUGCUGUGGCGUCCAGAAAAAAAAAUAGAACUCUUGCGAUCGGCUGCAGAGUCCACUGAUCCAAAGCAGCACGGAAAGAAGGCAGUGGAAAUUGACACAUUAACUUAAAUGGAAACGAUCAGCUGCGAUCGGCACAUACGGCCUUUUCGCAGCCAUUCUGGAUGAGGUUGAAAUUAGGGGUAAGAAUGUGGGCCAUGGCCCUAGCAAAACCCAGUAGAGAUAAAUGGAUAGGACUAGUAGAUUUCAUGACACCGAUAUGAACAUUUGUUUUCUACUUCUACCCUGUAACAAUUCCAUAAUUAGCAUGCUGCAAGCAAACAAGCCUUCUCUUGUUUCAAUGGCUGUUUUGUAGUUAUUUUGGGAAAGCUGGAGCAAGAGCCGCUUGGAGACUACAAAGACUCAAGUGCAGCAUAUCAAUUAUAAUGGUCUGGUAUUCACAGAGUGCUUGAUCAACAAACAAAACUGAAUGCCAAUACAGUCAGCAUAUCAUGAAGGCCCUGGAGUCUGUGAUAGCUCGCCUUUGUGGGAGUCUGCAGAAGCAAGAGAGAGCAAUGAAAACCUCACUGAGCCACUGUAUCUCCAGCUCCUGCAUUAGCUUGUUUGUUUUAGUAAUGAAGGCCCAUUUGUCAAUCUGAGGCAGGCCGUUCAAAAACAAAUCGAGUCAACAGACUGAGUGAAGUCGGGCCUUUUGGGGCUCUGGAAUGACCCAUGGUCCCUAAUUGGUUGCCAGUGUUUGAGUAUGGCCAGCAGCCAGGUGACUGGUCAAGAGGUCCAGCUGCUCCAAUGACUGGUCCCGCCUUUGGCCCCAGCCCCGAGCCAUCAGCCUCGGUCACUUGUUUAUUUGUUUUCCUGCCUUUGUUUGGACUGGAGAUUUCCUGUGUAAACUCACUGAAACAAGAUCCCCAUAGAGAAAGAAUCCCCUCCCAAUUUGUCUGAAUGCACCUCAAUAUGGCUCUAUUUUCUUUCUUUGUGGGAGUAAUGUAGCAGAAACAAGCAAUUAGCACAUAUCUCAGGGAAGGCUGCAUAUGGAAUAUGUUUCUAGAGCAGACACCCUUUCCAUCUGUAUCUCUUUAUCUCUCAUGCAAAUACCCCAGUAGGUUACAGGAAGUCUUAACUUGCAUAGUAAAGAAAAAAUCUACCCAUCUCAGCAAAAUUAGCGGCUUAAUUUUCACUCACGGUGGGCCCAAGCAAACAUGCAGCCACACAUAAAAAGUAGAGCAAACAUGAAAGGCAGAGCCGCCACUUGAUUAAGACCUCACUAACACCCAAGCAAAUAUCCUCACUCGACCUAGCAACCAAAGGUAUAAGUACAUCACUGUUUGGUGGCUUGAUGUGAUAAAUACAGAGUUGUAUCUUCCACACAGACUAAUUGCUGUAAUUUCAAGUCAAAUAUCAAAAAAACCUUGGCAGUAAAACUCUUAGUUCCUGAAUUUAUACCUCUCUACAGAUGCAUUUACACUUUCCUGGGUAUAAAAUAUAGAUGUAAAUGGGAUUCACAAGAGCUGGAAGUAGAAUUCCCACAAGCUUGUAAAACUGGGUCUUCGAGUCAUAGACUGGCUUUGGAAAGUACUCCAUUACCGUUUCUGCAAGAGCUUGGAAGGCAUAGGUUCACGAUAGGAAGUGUCUUUAAAUAAUUCAUAGAGGAGAGCUUCUUUAGAAGGACAGACAUGCUGUAGAGACUGUAGAGUGAAAUAAAAAAAGGAAUAAGGUCAUAGUAUUUUUUUUUAAUGGAUCUAUAUAAAAACAGGAGGACUAUAAAAGAAGAAAAUACCAUGCAUCAUAAGCUGAUUUGUGCUUCAGAAUAGAUUGGAAAAGCCACGGAAGAGGAACGCUGGUAAGAAUGCCGAGCAUCUUUAUGGUCCAAAGACAUGUAAGAGAUGCUGCUCUGAGAUUUUUUUUUCCAACACCGCCAUAAAUCUCAUUAGAUAAGCUCGAGAUAAGCUCAGAGACGAGGUGAGAUAAGUGAUGAGGAAGGGUUCAAACAUUCAGGUCUAACUAGUCAAACAUUUUAGUCCAGGGCAAAAAGACUCCUAGAAAUAAUCAACUUUUUCUUUUGAACUGUCAUCCUUUUAGCUGUUGAGUCAUGAGUAAUUCUACUUUAUUUCAAGUAUGACUGCAUUUUGGCCUAGUGUGUUUUUAGGACUUAAAAUUGUAGGUAUAAUUUUGAAUAAACAAAAUGAACCUAAGUUAAACUUUCAUGAGGAUAAAGUUAAAAGUUUACGGUCCCAAACCUUGGUCAUAUACAAAAUAUAUUACAGAAUAAAUUCAGAUAUUUUGGAUUGUGUCUCUGAGGGAAAAAUGAGAGACAUCACAAGAUAUUUUAGAGUUUAGAUACCCAGCCUAUGUGAGGUGAAGUGAUGGGCUGAACACUCAUCGAACACCCCGUCAGAUAGGCUCAUACAUAUCUCUUUAUAUCUGCAGCUCUGACAGACAAAAAAGAUUCACUGUGAGUUACUGCAGUGAAGUGUGGAACCAAAAAGACACUCAUAUCAUCCAUCUGGUCCACAUAAGAUCUGGCUCUGCAAUGUGUUUCUCCGCUGUAUGCCAAGUCUGCACAGAGAAUGACUGACAGCCUUGAGCCGGCUGAAUGUGUUCUUACUUAAGCCGCAUUCACACAGUCAGAUGUAUGAGACGGUCAGCAGGUCGUAACCCGGGUCAGGCAGGGGUGUAGCGUCUGCUCAAGGGAAGGAGGUCAGAGGGCACCCUGUCAAAUCAGUGCAUUUGUCACAUUUAUGUUUCAUGUAUCGGUAGUUUGUGUUUUAAAGGCAGCAGAAUCUUAAAGACAUUUCAGAUCUUGAUUUCAAAGACCAGAAAGGAACCAUGAAAAGUUGAGCUGUUUGGGGCUGCAGUGUCACUCCCGAUGUCACGGAAAGGUCUUAUCUGGGUCACAGCAGGUCAGGGAGCUCUUUAAAGGAUCACCGAUCAAAAUUCUUAUCUUGGUUGUAUUUUGACUGUCACCACGUGUGACCGACUGCAGUGAGGCCAUGCAGUGGUCAGAUUCUGCAGGCAAAAUAAAAUUCACAAAAGAACGAGCUUUGACUCUGUACAUACGGUGGUGACAGCAACACAUUUACUUGAUAACAGUACUUGAGCACAUUUUUGGGUAUCUGUACUUCACUUUGGAAUUAUUUUUGGUAAAAUCUGUAAAAUCUAAAAAAUCUGAGGUUGAAAGUGUAGCUGAUGUUCUAUAAAUAAAUGUGACAUAGCAGAAUUUGCACUGGUGUAUUCUUAACCUUCCUCCUGUGUUAGCUUUUACUGCACACCCACCAUGUUAAGGGUCAGUGUUGACCCGUGUCUUAAAUCAGCUGUAAAUUACACUCAAAACAAUUCAAUAUCAUCCAAUUUGGUUCUCAUCUCUAGGUUACCUUGUUAGGCUUCAUUAUCUAUGAAAAUAUUGCUUACAAUAGUUUUUGUAGUGUCAGUAUACCCCUAACACAGACAUCCAUACUGAAUUGAUCUCACAUGUCUGGACAUGCCUGUCGUUUUUUGUGCAGCGAAAAACAUGGAAAAAUGAGAAUUUACUAAAUCUCACAUGAUUGGAAGAGGAUCUGACUGUCAGUGCACUUGUGAUUUUAGUUUUUGCUCUAAUUUUUUGAUAUUGAUCUAACCGGGUCAACAGCAACCCUCACACAACAAGUACCAUAAUUUUAAUAAGAGCAUUUUAUAAUUUAGUCAAUUUAAAAAAAUAUAUAUAUUUUUUAAAUAGAGGUUCCUGACAAAGUCAAAAAGUCUUAAUGCAAAAAAGCUAAUUUAAGUGGUUCUUUUAAGCAUUUAAAAACAAAAAUGGGUCGGUGUAGACCCUAACGCAGGAGUAUUCUUAAAUGCGUGAAUAUUUGGUGAAAAUACAACAAUGUACGAGAUCUUUUAGAAAUUGUUGUACUUUCAAAAGCAAGUGGUAAAAACUUUCUCUUGUUCUAGAGUAGCAUUUGACCAGGAGUUUCUCUACUAUGACUCAUGUAAUAGUUGUGUACUUUGUCCACUUCUGUAUACAUCCAUCAUGUUUUGUAAUCCUGCUCUGAUUUAUGGGUGGUGGCCAUUCUUUGUGAAGCUUUGAUCAUCUCAGAACAUUAUAAUUCGAUAAACUGUUUGGCAGCGGUCUCUUUUUAGCGUCUGCGUAUAGACUUACCUUUCAUGGCUGUUGUAUAUAAGGGUAAUGUUACACAGCCUUUGUGGGAGAGCAUGAAGCACAUUGUGGUGUUUUGAUAUACAUGGCAAGAGGGACAAAUAGGUUUCCAAAGAAGAUCAUAUGUCUACUACAGUGGGUGAAAAACUGCAUGUGGAGGUGGAAAAAAACAAAAGAGGGCACGUUUGCACAUCAAGUCUUAUGUAAUGGAUGAACAUGUGCAGCCUGUUUUAUAUUUGAUGAAGAAAAACAUGAAAAUUUAAGAUUAUUGGGUUCAGAUGUUGCUGAGUGAAAUGUAAAAGUUCAAACAGAGGUGAAGGCAGCCCUGAGGUAAAGCCAACAGAAGGCGAUUAAGCCACUUCGUCGUUUCUUAGCACUUAAACUACACAAACAUUUUAAACUCCCCCUCUGCAGCACGAGUUAAACCCACAGGAGCGUUUGUCCACUGUGCUCCACGCUGCUCCGUCUCUCCAGGAUUGGCGGUGGGGGCUGCGUGUUUAAGCCAAUAGGCAGGGAGUAACGUUAAUGUCAUCUCACUGUGACCGCCGAGAGGGGCACCACAGCGCACCGUGCGCCGCCGCCGCUGAACUGCGAUGUGGUGACAGUGUGUGAGAAGUCAGAGAAGCGCUCCUAGUCUCCACUCACUGCGACCAGGACCUGGAAUUUAAAGCCGCUGACUUUGAAGCAGCUCCGGGUUCCGUUCUCUGGACUUUUUCAUCACAUGCCAAUGAGACGUAGCGUGAAUUGUUGUUCUCACUUCAGGAAUAUAAGACUCGGAUUCUUGGUUUACUUGGUCUGAAACCUUUGAGGUGAGUGGACGCAUUUUCUGAUUUCACAAGGUUGUUUUUAAACGUUUCUUGUCAGUGUUUAACCCUUUUUCCUCACUUUUUUGGUGUUAAGUUUUGCGCUGUAAACGUGAAAUGCUCGAAAUGUAUAAAAGCUACAUGCUGCUUCAAUGUAGGUGUUUUUUUUUAGCAAAACGAGCAGCACCUAUAACUAAACAACCCCAACUUCCAUUUGUUAGACUUCACUGAGGUCACUGGCUGCUUCUGUCACACCAAAAAAGUCAUAAACUCGCGUUGAUUCCUUCCUCCUGUCCUGCUGCUCUGCGCUUUUACGCAGCGCCGUCUCCAAAGAUUUCACUUUUCCCUGCGCGUGCAGCCACAGUAACCUCAUUUCUCUGUGACACUGACGAAAAAGAAAAAAAAAAAAACUUGGCUCGAGACGACGUGGGGCGGGUGGAAGUGUGGAGUCCCCGGGGGCCUCCAGAUGUAUGGACUCAGCUGUCGCCUGUCACUUUGGUGACAACUGGUCUGCUGCUCUGUGAGCGCUGCUCGUCAGCCACUGCAGGGCUCCAUAGCUGUCAGGAGGGCUGUUGAGUGAAGGGGGGAAUGUGGUCACACAUACCACCUACAGUAUGAGAAGUUACACUCACUUUCUGCAAUUCUUAGCAUGAUGGAUACGGUGAGAGAGGCUGAACCUGGAGAAAAUGCACCAGCUGCAAGAAAUAUACGCCCAGAGGAGAGUUUUUAGUGUUUGAUUUCACCCUGAAAUGUUUUAUUAAAGUCAGUAAAUUGUAAGUUUUAAGAGAAUUCAGGACAGAUAUGAUCUUAAAAAAUGUUUAUAGAUGUUGUAUCCGUGUUUAUAGGUUAAACAAAAUCAUGUGGAGAAGCCAGAGACUGAAAUAUCUUAACACAGAAUGGUUUUAGCCUCUAACACCUUGUAGAGUGCGGACCGUGCAGACAGCUGCCUGAGUAAAAAGUACCCUGCAAGCUUUACUGACUUCAUCACUCCUUGUGGACUUCUUGCUGAGCUAAACAUGCCAUAAAGUGUUUCCCUUGGAGAAGAGUGACACACCCUCAACUUUAAACAUUUCCAUCCUCCACCAAAGUGAUGAAAUGUUGUAAUAGUAGAGUUGUUAUUGUCAUAUAAAAUCAUAGCUAUGUAUCAAACAGCCCUAAAAACCAUUGAGUUAUGUGUGUUUUCUCUUAGAGGACUGACAGGAUGACCUGAAACCUGCCACUGUGGUCACAGCUGACAAUAAGAGUGCACUUUACUAAUACCAGGACAGUUCAACCUGGAGCCUUGACAUCUAGGUGAAAAAAACUGUCCUGGGUGGUGGUGUGGUCUUUAUGUGGAGAUGUCUGAUAGAUUGUGAAGCCUUUUGUGAUACUGCGAACAAAGCAAGUCAAAUGAAUGUAAAUGAGUGGAAAUAUUCAUGGAGCACUUUGACAGAACAAAGGAGGAAGAUUAUCUGCAGGUUCUGCAUAAUGUCAAAGAUGCAACAUCAAAGUGCCAAAUUUUGCUGUAUUUGCACUAAAAAGUUGUUCAAAGCACUUUUAUGGUUGCAGAGUUUUUCACAAUGAUGAUUUUUUUUCUCAUUUUGAGACAGUUAAGGUCGAGGGGAGAGACAGAAGCUCUCUGAAUGAGAGAGGAGGACGAUAAACAGAACCAAGGUGGUAGUGUCACCUAGUGGUUGGAAACGAGGCUGACAUCUGAGUGUGAGAGAGUCACUAAAACAGUGGUUCUCAACUGGUGGGUCCCGACUCACAAGUGGGUCGCUGACAUGUUCUGGAUGGGUCAGGAACAGCUGGUCAAAAAGUAAAUAUUUAAUGCGAUAUUUAUUAGAUAUUUGAUAUUUUCUGUAUAUGCAACUUCAGUAGUUGUCGUCCUCAUGUUAUCCCCUUCAUGCGCUCUGAAAUGCUCUUUACUCAAUAAAACAAGUGGCUCUAUGUUAAAGAUUAGAGUCUCUACAUGUUUCAUUUUAUAAAAAAUAAAUAUGCUUUGUUUGAAUUCUAUAAAAGUGGGUCGCGACUUAAGGACCAUGGGAAAAUGUGGGUCCCAGGGUGAGACCAGUUAAGAACCACUGCACUAAAGGACAUUGACUUUGCAAUCUAUUCCUACUGUUGGUUUAAUUACUUUUCAUGAAGAUUUGUCUGAAUUAACACAUUUUUUGUGUGUGCAUAUCAAAGCUAAAGAACAACCCUUUAUGGUUAUUUAUAUCUUUGGUAUCACUUUACUUGACGCCUAUCUCUAUAACACAUUAUAAAUAUAUGUAUAAUGUGUUAUAAUCACGUUAUAGCACUGUAUAACUAAAGCAUUUUAUCAUGACUUACAAGGUCAGGUAUUAUAAUAAUAAUAAUAAUAAUAAUAAUAAUUUUAUUUAUAUAGCACCUUUAAAAACAGAAGUUUACAAAGUGCUUAGACAACAGUUGUAAGCACAGAGCAUCAGCACAUUGAAAAUAAAAACACAUAAAAACAAAGCUCAGUUAAAAACAGGCCUCUGAAUUGUAGGCCUGUUUCACUUUUCGUAAGAAACCCAGGCAAUACAAGAACCCUACAAAAUAAAUGGGACCAUGAGGACCAAAAUAAAAGCAAAAAAAAGAAAUAGAAAAGGAGGGAAGAAAACAGGCUAGUAAGUAUGAAAGAGGAUAUUAAUAAUAAUAUUAAUAAAAUCAUAAUAAAAUAAAAUGAUGGUAAUAUAAAUGAUAAAGUGGAAUUAAGUAUAUAUAUAUAAAAUAAAGGAAAAUGAAAACAUUAAAAUCAAUAAAAAGAUUAUAAGUAAAACAAAGGCUAAAAAGGCAGUAAGUCUAAAUAAGAAAGAGGUGAAAGAGGUAAAAGAAAAAGGAGAAAAAUAAAAACGGUAAAAGGCAAUAAAAGAUGAAAGAUGGCAUCACAUAAAGGCAAGUCUGUAAAAGUGAGUUUUUAAAAUUGACUUAAAAGAAGCGACUGUCUCUGCACGCCUUAUCUCCUCUGGCAGGUCGUUCCAAAGUCGAGGAGCUCUGAUGGAGAAAGCUCUAUCACCUUUAGUCUUGAGCCUCGAUUUUGGAACGACCAGGAGGCCUUCGCCAGAGGAUCUGAGGCUGCGAGUUGGCUCAUAAGAUAUUAAAAGCUCUGAAAUGUAGCUCGGAGUAAGUCCUUUGAGCGCUUUAAAAGUAAUCAAUAAAAUCUUAAAAUCAAUUCUAAAGCUGACAGGGAGCCAGUGAAGGGAGGCUAAAAUUGGGGUGAUGUGAUGCCGUCGACUAAAACCAGUUAAAAGUCUAAUGUGUUAUAACCGUUAACAACUCACUGACAAUGCACACAUACAUAGUGCAUUACACAUAUAUUUAUAAUGUGUUUUACUUUGCUUAUAAACUUGUACAACUAUCAUUAUAAACACUCAUUAAUUUUCACAAGGCUUUAUAACAAUAAGCACAACACAUUUAUCAUGUAAGUCAUGAUAAAAUGCUUGAUAAUGUGUUUUGAUUAUUGCUAUAAAGCAUUAUGAUCAUUUAUGAGUGUUUAUAACUAUAGUUAUACAGUUCCAUAACAUGAUUAUAAUGCAUUAUACAUAUAUUUAUAAUGUGUAAUAGAGAUAAGCGUCAAGUGAAGUGAUACCAUAUCUUUUAAUGUAGGUACAGACAAAGACUAAAUGAGGUCAUUUGAGAGGCGGCGUCUGAUGUUAAAACACAUGUUCUGUGUCGUCUGGCGAGUUCUAAUCAAUAGCGUCACUGUAGUUAUUGGUACAUGUUAUGAAAAGGAUCAAUAUAUGUGCUAAAAUCUGGGUCUGACACUGCACAGUUUCACUUGUUUAAUGCUCCAGUGACCUUGCAGACCAGGCAUGUGAGAGAGCAGAGAUUUACACUGAGCUUACACUCUAGCUUUCACUCAUCUGUAGCAGGUGAGAGAUCUCUGAGAGUUUUAAGUUAUUUAUAGACCAAAAUGAUUUCUAAGAAGUGUUCUGGCAGCAGCUCCACGUGUCACGUUCUGCUUGUUUCAGGACUCAUUUGGAAAAACUUGCGGUAAAUCAAAGUUACAUUAAUAAUUCAAACAGCUUUAAAAACUGAUUGUUCUUGAUUGGAGUUUGGACGCGGGGAGAAUAUAAAGAAAAGUAUUUAAAAAAAGGCCUUAUACUGAAUUUUCUUGGAUAAAGCAAUGGAAAAUGUUUGGCUCGUUUGAUGUUUAACAGUUCCUGCUCAAUAAAUGUGGAAUAUAUGAUGGUUUAAUGUGGAUUAGGGCUGAGCAGCAAAAAAAAAAAAAAAAAAACUUGUUUAUUGAAUGGGCACAUCAUAAUGAAAUGUUUAACUAGAGAGGCUAGCUACAGUUGUGUGCCAUUAUACGAGAGCAGAGCAGGAGUGCUGGUGGUGGAGACAAAUGGCAGCCAGUCUCAAACAUAAACUGCUGGGUAUAUGUCGGUGUUUGUCUGAGAGAAACAGAAGAGCAGAGACAAAGUGGUAACUGAUGUAUGUACAUGGCUGUCUGUAUGUGUCAGAAAGUCUAUGCUCCAGCUGUGUGUCCCUGAGCCGAAUGUAGGUCCCAGUGCCCGCGUGUAUACGUUCCCCACUGUUGAUUUAAAGGCCCGGUACCAGUGAAAUGUACACAGAGGCCUGUUUGUGCAGAGCUAGAAUGAAUCACCCUCACGUCCGUGUAAAUCGCCUGCAAGCCAAACACUCUGGCAGCCUUUUAUCCCCAGACGUGGUCCGGCUCACCACAGCAGGGCUAAAAUCGGAGCAGGACAGGCCUUGUGCGUUGUGAGGAGCUGUCAGAGGAGGCCAGUCUUCCACGGCUGUGGAUGGAGGAGAUGUGGCGUGGAGUCAGGUUGCUGUAGACAAACUGCAGAGAGGGGAGCACCCUGACUGUAAACUGUUUGUGGUAGGUUGGCAGCAGCCUGGAUGAAGUAGGACUUGUUUGAACGCUGGUGGUCCCUGAAUCUGCGUCCACUGGGCUUUGACUGAAUGGACUCUGGCCUGGAUGGUCAAAUUUAGGGCACUGCGAAUGUGCAGCUGUGUCGAUUAGGAUAACCAUCCUGGAUGAUGCUGUCUGUGAGGGGGAUUAUUAACAUUGUGCUUGCCGUGCAAUUCACAUUUACAUGAGUCUGGGGGAUCUGCCUGCAGCAGUGGCACACAUUGGAUCCACAUGCAAAGCAUUAUUCUAAAGUGAUUAAAGGUAGCUAGUGAUGUAGCGCUUCCAGGCACAACUCUGUUUAUUAGGAGCUGCGGGAUGAUGUUAAGAGGGAAACGGGUUUGGCUCUCACACUGGAGUUUAAUGCCCCUGCAGAUCUCUGGUUACCACGAGGCGUAAUUGCGGGGCUAACCAUCAGACCACCACGAUGAUGAAAGUUCAACUCGACACACAUGUUUCAUUAUCACCACCAAGUAUAGGCAUGAUGCAGUAGAACCUUUGCAGCGCCGCAGAAGUGGUUAUUAUCGACAUGUCUGUCUCUGAUAAAGGGGAAUAACAGUCGGAGGGAUGCCAAAUGUCAGAAACCCUGGUGAUGGAGUGUUUGGAAAUUUUAUCUGACCCAGACUGACACAGACAUGGCUGCAUGCAGGAGGGCCAUGUUUUCUCCUCUGUGCUCCACAAACACAAUGAUCCAUCCAAGUCAUCACAGGCAGCAAGAGCUAGGAGCAAAAGAAAACAUAUUAGCCUCAGAUAGUGAUUAAAAGUCCAGCUCAUUUCCCCGGCACACAACAGGGGAUUCGGUUAAAGCUUUCCGGACCCAUGGCUGGAAAUAUGCAAAACACACACAUGCACACACAGCUCUCCCCUUCCUGGGGCUCUCAUUCCUCCUGCACUGUUGGCAUUGUCACAGAGGUGGAGUCAGCGAGCGUGGAUGAUAUGGAAAAGGUCAACAGGGCUUAAAAAUGGACUCUGCAGGGCAAGGGAUUUUUUUGGCAGACACCAAAGGAAUUUCCUGAAGUUUUUUAGAAAGGUUGCAGUCACAGCCUGUGGAUUCUGAUGCUAUUUCUCUCAGUAUAUUUACUCAUUAAAACUUUGACCCUCAUAUUUCACAUAGUUUUGGUUUCAUAGAGGACAGGUUUUGCCACACGUCAAGUUUACUCUGGUGAAUGAACAGCAACUAUUUAUAAAGUGUAUGAAAACCACAUUUUAAGAUUAUGGAAACCAAUUUCUACCUCAUUGUUGUUGUUGUUAUUAAAGCUCCUGUGAGGAGUUUUUUAUGGCAGUAUGAUGAUAUAUAUUUCUAUGAUGUACAAAAGCAAAUAAAACAGCCAGUGACAGUAUUGAUGACUUUUACACUGUCAUUUUGAAAGCCUGAAACUGGUACAAAAGGGUAGGUGUCAGCCAAGUAGCUUAAGAAAUAGAUCUGUUAUUACAUUUUCCACCUAAAUUUUGCAGGAUGAGUUUUUUUUUUAUGUGAGAGGACACUACUGAAACAUGUACAUGACAAGAUAAGCAAACGGCACCAAGAUGGGCAAAAAAACAAAAACGUCUCUUACAAGGGCUUUAAAAAGUUGCAAUAAUGAGGUUAGAAAAAUACAAAAACUGUCAGAUAAAGGUAAAAAUUCACAUAAAAAGCCAAAACAGUGAGAUAAAAAACAUCACAAUUAUGUGAAAGUAAGUCCAAAUUUUUAAAUAAAAAGUUAAAUUUAUGAGAUAGUAUGCUAUCAUUCAAAGAAAAAAAGUGAAAAUCGUCAGUAAAGCAAUUUAAAGACAAAAAGAUAAAAAAAAAAGAAAAAACAAAGCGGCCAAAAACAUCAGAUAGUAUCCAUAAUUAAAAGAUUUACAAUGUCAUUGUUUUGACUUUUCAUGGGCAUCUCCUUUGACCCCACAAACCCUUUAGAUUUUUAUCUGGAGAAAUAGUUUUGCAUCAGAGGUGUUGCAUAUUAAAAUUUAUAUUAUCUUGUUCUGUAGUUUACCACAGUGAUCAAGCUCUGUGCCAGAGUCAGGGUAGAUGCUGAAAUCAGUUUAUGAAGCAAAAGUGAUCUUAAAUGCAAAACAGCUUUCCUCUGUGUAACCUUAAAGCUCCAAUGAGGCACUUUGGGGUUUUGACAAUUAUGGCGCCCCCUGCAGACAGAGCAAUCUUUGCUGUUUUUAUCCUCUGAAUGUGUGGUCGGUGUUUCUUGACAAAGAAAACUUGAUACUGAUCUCCUGUGAGAACUUUCACAAUGCGAAAAAGUUUGCAUUAGCAGCAUACAGUUAACCACCAGGCUCCUCUCCAACAUUUGAAUUGCAGUAUGUGUUUUCUCAAAUUAUCUCUCAGCUUAAGUCUCUUAGCUGUGGACAGGCAGCAUUAUAUAUUUGUCCGUGAUAAGGAGCAAAAUUGCAUUCUAAGUCAGUUCUGCUGCUGCAUUUGAUGCUUAAACUAUUUUUUAAAUUCAAGAGCCAGAGAUUUGAAGGGCGUUUUAAGUUUUUUAUCGCAGAGGUUGAGUUUUAGAGAACAUGUUUUAUUAUCAGUUGGAGAACGAUCACAGAAAAAGUUGUGGUGUAGGUGAACAUACAGAUGUGUCAAUAUUGACAAAGACUAUCUGAGGACAUGUCUUGUGGAGUGGCAGCCUGAGGCCUGCUGAGCUGACACAGAAACAGUUCGUUUGGCCACAACAAACCUGACGGCAGCUCCUGGUGAGAGGACGGUUCAAAGAGCCGGGCUUUUGUUUGCUAUGCUCGCACUGUCUUCCUGUUAGGGGCCGGGCUCCCAAAGAAAACAAGAGCGGUGGCUUACCAGAUGUGUACAGCUGCGUGUCCUGUCCACAAGCAAAGACACAUAUUUGAACCUGUCAAAGUGAAUGUUUUAUGAUGUUCAAAAAGAAACAAAGCCAAAGAAAAGUCAGGUUGUAAGUCCUCUUUGUGGUCUUUUUCUGCAGGUCUGUGAUGCUGACUGAGAAUAUUUGUUGUCUUUAGAGACUUUAGUGUUAGCAGCACCAAAAAUACCUCACUGAUGUUGACAGAAACACAUGUAUUUCACAGGCCUGGGGUUCCUCAGAAUAAAUUCCCCACAGAGGACUGAUAUACUUAAAUUAGGGUUUGAUAAGGCAGUCCUUUUUCCAUUACACACACCCACACCCACACACAGGCAUUGAUGACCCCAUGUACGACCUGUAUAUCUACUCAACUGAGAGAGGCCUGUAGAUUGUCUGACUUGGCCUGAACUCACACAGCACACUGUCACAGUGCUGUUGUGAACAAGACCUCACAUUUUUAUCAGCCAAACCAAAAUGAAAUCAUCUGAUACUCUGUAGAAGCUGUAUCUAAAUGUGACAGAUUUUCAUGAAACUCACUGAUUCUAACAAUACAGUCAUUUGGUUUGCCAGCAGUUACAUUCACUCACAUGGGAUAGGUAAUCAGCUCAAGUUUCAGUGCUUUCCCUGGCCCCAAAUUCUGAAUAACAAACUAUGAAUUAAUUGAUAAGAAGUACAAGAGCAGUGUGCUUGGUGCUCACUUUUGAUACACGCAGUGAGUAGAGGUAUUAGACUUUUCCCUGAAACUCUUGUGGAAAGGUUACAUGAGGUUAUAAAGGUUACAUUUAUUUUUAGGGGUGUCCCGAUACAACCUUUUUUACCUCCGAUACGAUACGAUACAGAUACUGCAGCCUUCAGUAUCGGCUGAUACCAAUAUUGAUGUGAUAAUGGCACAAACUUGUGCAUGAAGUUUUGCACUCAGAUGCAAUGUCAUUUUUGGACUUUAAACGAAAAAUACUGCCACACAGCCUACAUCACUCCUUCUCUGGAGUGAAGUCUGGAAUGGACUGCUUGUAUCGGAGUGCUGAUAUCAGAGAUUUUAGAUGCAGGACGAUAUAAUCCGAUAUUUGUUUUUUGGCUGAUAUCGGACCGAUAUCUGAUAUCAAUAUUGUAUCGGGACAGCCCUAAUUACUUUUAUCGCUCUUGUCCUAAUUGCAACAACAUUUGCACUUAGCUUCUUUCACUGAGUAUAGAACUGGUGAGCAGAGACCAGAAUAAGUAAAAGAUACACACAUCAAAAUUGCUUUUUUGGCUUGUUACUCAACCUUCCCAGGACUGCUAUCCCAUCGAAUCAUUUGGGGGACUGAGAGAGGACUGCCAGGUAUACUUAACGUCGACAAUAAAUCUCAGCCAAACAUCAUAAUUUAUUAAAACAACCAUGGCUUGGUGGCCUACUUGGGAUUGACAUGUACCAGAAUAACUUUUAACUUCUUCCUUUGUAAACAUGACGAGCUCUUUCUUUUUGUUUUGGUGUGUUCAAUGUACAGUAAGUGGAAGAGGGGGCUUGAAGACAUUUAAAUCUAUCUCAGAUCACUGACUCAGGGCGCAAAGAUCAUGGCAACAACACAGAAGAUUGUACAAAGUCAAGUUGCCUAACAGACGCUCAGGCCAGUCAGAUACAGCAUAACCUUCAACUCUUUUGACCCUCUUCAGUAAAGUGAGUCCAUUUGAGAAACAUAAUGCAAUUACAUCAAUAAAUUCCUUAAGCCAGACAAGACUAAACCUACAGUUAGACAUCUCAUAAUGAAACCGAUUGGAUUUUUCUCUGUACGUUACGGUGUGAGUCCCAUGAUGAGGUGAAAGGGUCAACGGCAUCAGAGCAACAGGGAGUCUUACAGUGGAGAUCAUUGGGCUUCUCCUCUGCUCUUUCUGCUGUUUUUACUACCAACUUAAUGACUUAAAUUGAGUCCAAUUAAGCUGAGCUGGAGAUGAGGAGAAGCAUCCCUGCUCGCAGUCGUCAGAGUUCCCUCUGUGCUGUGGCACUGGAGCAUGUGUUUAAUUAGAACGCCUUAAAAAGACUGUAACGGCGUGUUUCUCCAGGAAUGUUAAUCAUUAGUGGGAUCCUGACUGAGCAGCUCUUAACUGUUUCACAGUAUUGUUGGAUUCCACGGUUUGCCUUUUGAAGCCGCGCGGCUCAGGAAAAACGUUUCCACGUGUGGGAAUCACCAACUUUCUCUUUCUUGUUUCUUUCUUUCUUUCUAAAAAAAAAAACGCAUCCCUCCUUCUUCUCAGCGACCUGCUUAUAGCACUUGGACGAUUAUUGCCUGUUUUGUUACGGCGGCCUUAUUCAUGUGUCUGUUUGAGCCUAGGGCUGGAAACACACAGGAAAUAGUUUCCCUGCCAUGAGAAGGAUAUACAGUUGAACUUUGUGGAAAGUUGAGGAGGAAAGUCCAGAUGUGUGAGGUGUGAGGUUUAAGUGGUGUGUGGGUUAGGCUUUCUGGGAGUGUGCAGUCAUAGGCGUAAAAUUUUGUUAGGGUUUUUACAUUCAAAAUAUUGGACGCAGACGUUGACAGGGUGCUGUUUGAGCAGGUGUGAUUAAAAUUUUUCACACGCAUGUUUUAGUUUUUGUGGUCAUGAGGAAAAAAACGUGGAGGUCUCUUUGAAGAAAUGAAAAUGGCGAAAACAGAGAGCAUUUGCUUUAACUCGUCAGCUUAGGUGGCUGUUUGGAGAUUUUACGUCUGUAUUCUCCUCGAGUUUGUUCAUGGAGACCACACAUGACAGACUGUGCCCUUUGCUGAUCUGCCGCUUUUGUCAAUGGAAGUGAGUGGUGUAAGAGCAGCCCAUUCAUCCUGGGCCCGCUCUGUGUGCAGACAGCCACAGGCUUUUGUUGAGUUAUAGUGUCCUCAAAUAAAGGGGCUUCCUCCCUUUAACAGCCUCAGGAGCUCUGUUGCUCCACUUCCCAUUGUCCCCCAAUGAGGUCCGGCUUUUACAACUAGGUGAGAGGGUGUCAAAUUGAGGGUGAAAUAUGAGCUGUCCCAAUCGUGUGAUGUUUUGCAGUUAGACAGCAAAGUACAUUUGAUAAGGUGGAGAAACAAGUGUGCUGACACCUGGUCUUGAAGAGCGGAGGAGUGUUUGUCAUGAAUUACGGUCUGCUAAAUGAAAACUGGAUGAUCUGAGUGAAUGACAUCAGUGGUGACAUGAUAGGGUUGCGGAAAAUUUAAUAAAGCAGAAAUAAAUGGGCAGACAGUUGAUAUGUUUAUGGAUUGCUUCCCAUAAAUCAGUUCAUAGUGACAUCAUCUGUUUAAUAAGUUACUGUUGUUGGUUUUGUGCAAUUGCCUUACACACUGUAAUCUAAUAAUUAAACACAGGCGGUUAUUAUGUACUCGGAUUUAAGUACUCUAACCUCUGUGUUUCUGUUUGGCGAGUCAGGAUAUUAGAUUUUAAGCCAGAGUUGAAAAGUUUAGAGGUAACCAUAUCUCAUCACCAUUUUUGUUAAAUCAAUCUUGAACAUUUUCCUUUUGUUCAUUUAAACUUUUCCCAUUCAAAACCAAAAUCUUGAGUGAGUCAGAGUAUCACAUGAGCAGAUUUCACCAUAAUGCUUGAAAGUUGUCUGAAACUUCGCUUAGAUUGGAAGCUUUGCCCUCAGCUGCCUCAUAUGUGUCAGAGUUAAACAGUAAAAGGGGUUAUCGGAGGGUUAUAGGGCUAACAAGCCCACAGUCUGACCUGAGUUUGUCAGCGCCAAUCUAGCUAAGUCAAUAUCAAUGUGCUGACUGCUCCACCAGUUGACCUUUUCCACCCUCUUUCAAGGCGUAAAAAAGGAUUGUUGUUACAGUAGAGUGAUAGACUUUUAUUGGCCUUUAUAACUGAGGCUUUUGUUAAGCCUGUGUCCUGCUAAUACCCGUUGGCAAGUCAUUUAAACCUUGAGAAUGCCUACUUUUUAUAAGGUUGCUCACACACCAGUGAGAGCUGCUCUCAACAAUGGUCAUCAAUGACGGUAAGUUAGAGACUGACCUUCCCUUUGCCCCCUUUGGUACCUCACUUUAUGGUACUUCUUGGGGCUCAAAUUUGUCCCCUUUUAAUGGGUUUUUAGACUUAGACUAGUGUCCAGAGUGAGAUUCAGCUUUCAGCUUAGCCUAGAUUCUUUGUUUUAUGGGUCCUUUCCUUAAAGACAUGUUUGGACCAGAGAAGAAUGCAGCUUUAUCGUCGGGCGUUGGUUCUGAUGAUCAUCAUCCCUAUCCUGUUAUUGUCAGGGCAUGCUGGUCAUAGACUACCUCGCCGCUAGCAUGGGGCGUUUUUUUUGUUUUUAUAGGGGUGAGAAGGUGCAGACCAGGUGUGAGGUGCUGUUCAGGUCGUUGUGACUAUGACAGGGGAAUGGGCCAUAAAGCCCCGAGGGUCAUAGAUUUAUGGGUCAUCUGGUGCUGUCCAGGGUCAAAGGUCAGGGAUGCAUGACUUGUCCAGCUCAAUAUUAUUCAACUAUAUGAGGAAAACCUUGAACUGUGUGGCAAGCUAAUGCUAACUAUAGAUCUCAUGUCGUCACUCUUUUACAAUGACUUAAAAUAACCUACAGGUGUCUUUAAAUAGUUAUCCUCUCAUAUAAGUUCAUUGUCAAAGGCUGCUGCUUCUUCUUUGCUAUUUAAUUGUAGGAUGUUGCAGCAUUUAUUGGGGUUCUUUGGCUUCAUAUGUGGCAACAAAAAUCUUAAACCUAGAAAGCAGCGACGUCGUUUCUACAUUAUACUAUAAGGAAAAGUUUUACUCACACUUAGCUUGCAAAAUUGGCUCCAUAACUUUUGUUAAGAUUUGUUAACCAUCUUAGCUUUCAAACUCAUGAAUCCCCUCUUAAAAGGCAGGAUGCUGUGUUGUCCCUCCCCACUAAGAAUUGCUAAUGGACCAGGACAAAGGCUUGAGGUUUGCUGUAAAAGGGUGCCUCUCCUCCCUGGACUUGGCUGCCACAAUGGCUUUGUCCGCAGACCAACACACAUACCACUACAAGUACCAGAAUUCCAAUAUAUCAAAUUAAUUCCAUUUAUUUUUCCUGUUUUUGAUACAUCUAAGCUGCAUUAUUUUUACUGAAGUGACAGCACACCGACAGUCACAAUCCCUGCCUACACAGUGAUAGCUCAACACAUAUUGGUGUUAAUGAGAGGUGAAGAGAUGAGGAUGACUAAGUGCAGCAGUCUCUUCCUGUCAGUCAUGCACAAUUUAAACAAGGAAUGAGCGACAAUGAUUUUUCUCCACUUUUUAGUAUUUUCAUUAAAUCCAACACGUUUUUUGACUAAAAGGGUUAAUAUUCUACUACACAAAGAUCAAUAUUUCAGCCAAACUAGCAGUUGAUGUGUUUGGGCUGCAGAGGCGUAUCCAGACUUUUUUGAUCAGGGUGGCCUGGGACACUGACUUAUUUGGGGGGCUGUCCAUAGAAGAUGUGUGCACACACAAAUAAAAUGUGUUCACCCUGUCUCCUGCAAUCAUGACAAAUAACUACUAACAUUUGAAAAAUCUACUGAUUUAAUACCUUCUAGUGUUGUGUCAUUUGCGAACGAUUCGUUCAAAAGAACCAAAUCUUUUAAGUGAACGUACUGAACCGAAUCACUACCUUGAGUGAUUCAUUCAUUUCUUACUUCAGUUGAGCUGAAGUGAGAAACAGCAUUGCCAGGCCAGCAGCGAGCAAACAAGGAACCACAUGCACCGACGACUGAAUCACUUUGCGAACAACUUGCAUACGAUAGGACACAGAAUGUAACAAAUAGUGCAUUAAACCCGCAGCAUCCUAUCAUUGCAGCGGUUCGUGAGGGAACGGUGCAUGCUCAAUAUGAAUUCUUCUAAACAUCCAGUGAACAAAUCACUCACUGAGCCCAAUUUACUGAGCAGACCUGAUAAAUGGUGUACAAUAGGACAGUACACUUAAAACAUCAUGACUUUUUCCAAAGCAACACAACCUAACACUCUUGUCUCCCAGUCCCAGAAACUAUGAAUUGAACUGAAUCCUGAAACGUUCAGCUGUGUAUCAGUUCAGGAGGUCGGGGUUGCAGGCCUCUCCUGCCAAGUAAUAAGUGAUUUGGUGAACGAAUCUUUUGAACUAAUCUUCUUAGUGAACUGAUUCUAGUGAUUCAGUACAUCUAGAAGAACUGCCGUGCCCAUCACUAAUACCUUCUUGAUGGAUUUGAAAAGUUAUUGGCCUAAGUUCACAAUCAAAGUACUAAGACAGCAAACUUAUUUGCACUGCCUAACUUUGAGAAAUGAAUGAUUAGGUAAUGUUUGUAGUGUUAAGCAGUUUGCCUGCCAUUUUUCUGGACUCUUCCCUCACAUCUGUCCUGUAUUAUAGAUGAUUGGAGUUUCUUUGACAAUUUGAAGUAAAAAAGAAAGAAAGAACAUGCACUACAUUGAAAAGCCUGAACACUAUGUUGAAACAUAUAGUCCAAAAAGUUUAUUUUUAUCCACCUCUGACAUGGCAAAUAGCCUCUUAAAGUGUAUAGUUUUAGGGUGGCACCCAGAGUCCUCAAUCAGGUAUCUUUGAACAUGUCCCUGCAUGUCUUUAUUCCCUUGGUGAUCAAACUGUGGGCAUGUACUGUUUAGUGAUGUAGUAAAAGCAACAUUUUUUAAACCCUUACAAUCUAUGUUAUAUAAGCAUACUAAAAUCCCUGCUGUGUAAAUGCUUCACGCAUGUGUUCUCAUUUAUAAAAUCACACCCUGAUGUCAUCUCCACAAAAUUAAACAGCUGCAAAACUGUUAAUAAAGAAAGCAAUCCAAGCUGUCUUAAUAGAUUCCUUGCCUCCCAAUAAAAUGUCCAACUGCUUUGUUUCACACCCUUUAAGUAUGUUAACUCUCGCAGUCAAACAUGGUGUUAAAAAGGAUGAACUUUUCUAUCCCCCUUCGACGCAGUUACGUUCGCUAUAAAACAUGUCCUUUUGGGAGAGAGAGUAACACUUUGACUUUGCAACCAAACAACAGUAAAAGGAUGCAAAAGGUGCAACUGUCCAGAGUUUGACCUGAACCGGCCACUUUUGUUUUCUGAAGCAACAGGAAGAGUAUCACGUUCUGACAUUCCUACAGAGGUGAAGGAGAGGCAGAGGUCAACUGCAUCCUCCUCCAAGGGAUGUUUCUCUGGAUGUACAUUUGGCCUGGAUAUGUUGACAGUUUUAGACCCUUUUGAAACAGAACAAGGCAAAUGGUGAGUUUGGAUUUAAGCCAAUUCUAACAAUGGAGGACUCUGAAGGUUUAGUUGAUUCUUCACUAUUUAGGAUAUGGAUAAGACCCAUGGUUUGAUCUAAAAAAAUAGAGAGAAAAGGGAAAAAAAAAUAGGAUAAUCCAAAAACUGACAAUAACACACCUCACUUUUGCUUUUAAAACAACUUCACUGAUUAUUUCAUCAUCAAAAUUGUCAUCUACUCUUUGAAGCAUUACUACAUCAUUUGGCACUACUUUCCAGAGUUGCCACAUAUAAUCCCAUGAUAUAGUUACAUAGUGCUUUAACAUGACUUGACAAAGUUGAGCUUAACAGUGAUGGACAUGUGUAACCCUCUCUCAGACUAUGUUAAGCUGAUAAUAACAGCUUUGUGGUUGAAGUAGUCCCUUUCGGUAGGCUUUCUGUAAUUCAUAUAUAAUAGGACUCCUGGCUCUUAGACUUGCUGACAUCAUGAUCAGUCAUAGGCAGGGGUUACAUGAGGCUAAACAAAGAAAGUGUUAAUGGUGGGAAGUGUUUUGUUGCAGUGGACUACAUAGAGCAUCUUUGUUCCCUCAAUCCAACAAUCAGUCUGUAAUCAUGGAGCUGAAUAUAGCAAACAGCCCUGACAAGUUAGCACGCAGGAGUGGAAACACAAACCAUCACACAAACCAAACCCCGACUGUAACGUUCACCACCUAACCCACAUCUUUGAGCGGGGAAGGAGGAAGAAGAUUGUCAUGUGAAAGCUGUUGUGGAGUUUGGGUUAGUAAUUGUAAAAAAAAAAAAGCGGGUAAACUGAGCUCCACCAUCGCUAAUGUGCUGCUUUAAAGCGCAGUUCCUCUGGCGGUGGUUCUCAUUUGGAAGCAUAUGUUUUAAACUCAAGGGGAGGGUCACCAGAGGAGAGACGCCUGGUUCUGCCUUAGCCGACCGUGACUGGCUGUUCUGAGGUUAAGGGGCUGGGCUGAGGUUGAGAGGGCUGGGUUGAGGAGGAGGCGGAGGAGGAGGAGUGGGUGAGGGUGGAAUGACCAUCUGGUUGAGCUCCUCCAUGUACACGCACACGCACACACCCAUCUCAAACACUCUCUCCCACGCACUCAGACAGACAUCUCCUGGACUGUUUUACUGUCUUGGCAUUGAUAUGGGCUGUUACAGCGCUGACAGCUCUGCGAGAGAAGGCUGACUGCUUCUGUGCUGGAAUUAGAGCUCUGAGGAUCUUUGCUUAUAUAUGAAGCCCAGAGGCUGGAGACAAAUCUAGGAGAGGUGGAGAUAGUUAUGAUAAGAUCCCUUCGCAUGCUCGCCUCAAGAGACUUGGCCUACACUAAGGUAAGACUGGCACGAGACUGACUCAAGAUUUCAUCUGUUUCUUUAUCUUUUUUUCUCAGAGGAAUUUGCCCUCUUUGAAAUGAGGUGGUAAGAAAACAUUACCUGAACAAGAGAAAAUGUCAGAUUGCUGAACUAUAGUUUUGGCCAAGCCAGUUGAAAUCAGUUUUGUGUGGAUAACAACGUGCUCACUCUGAGAGACAUCUGUAUUUCUCAGAUCAAAGUUUUCCUCCAGAAGGUUCAAAAUGAAGACUUCAGUUAAGAUGCCCACACUAUACUAAAAAACACAGUUCAGGACUGUUCGUGUAUGUAUGUGUUUGAUGUCUGCUGUGUGACAGCAGCACGUGCUGCUGAGUCUUAGUUCAGUCUGCCUAACAUGCAGGUGGUCUCCUGAGUGUAUAUCUCUGUGGGGAUGUCACUCCCAUCCAUUUGGUCUUGAGAAAACAACUUCCCUGGCCAUGAAAGGAGGCCUGACCAAACUCCAGCCAUGUAGCACCUCAACGCUGCCAUGAAUACAUCCCAAGUCUUGUUAUUCAGUUGUCUUGCAGUCACUUUUGUACAAAAGAGUCUAAACAGUCUGGUUCAUCCUGCAGAUUGUUUGCUUUUACUUCCUUAGAUUACCUCUGUUUGUUUUACAUUAGCUCACGAUAGUUGACAGGCUGUCAUUUGAGUAAAUCUGAGUGUUACAAAGAGAGAAAACACACUGCGUAUUUUCCUGAACUUCAGAUGUGUCUUGUCUAACAUAAAAAAACAGAUUUGUCUGACUAUGAACUCAAUGGGGCCAAGGAACUGAAAAUCUUGUUUUUCUCUACAAGUAGAGCCUAUCCUGCGUUGCUGAGCUUGCAGGAGCCAAGUCAAACAUGUUGGGCCGGUCCAAACUGACAGAGAGCACUGUGUUGAGUUGUGUGCAUGUCCAUCAUCCACUUCCUAAAGGGAAUAUAGUCAGUAAUUCAGACCAGCAGCUUCGUAUUUUUCCCUCUGCCCUCUCUUAAGGGUUGUUAAUUCAACACUCUGGUGUCUAGAUUCGGGGUACUCUGGCUGAAGUGUUGUUGAAUGCUUUACUAAAAUGUCAUUUUGUGGCUGUAUGUACUGGUCUCUAACAUAAUGAAGUCCUGAUGUGUGUUAACUAAACACUGGAGUUAACACGUGCAAAUACAAACCUGUGGUUGACCUGUUCUUUGAUGGAUCUGGAUUGCACUGAGAUCCUGUGAAUAGUAAGGACUUUCUGCGCCUCCACACUAUCAGAGUCUCUUUCUCGAGAGCACAGCCCUUUCCAUUCAUUCCAGCUAUCUUGUGGGAUGUUUUCAAAUCUUCAAUCACUGAAAACCAUUCAGAGCAGGCAUGUGUCCCAGCUUCCCUCUUCCGCCUACCUUGACUUAAAUUUCCUCUCUUUUGUUGAACAAGACACAUUUACAUUCUCUUACAUGUCACUCACUCUGUUUAAGCCUCAGUCUGAUAGCACCCCCAACAGCCUCUGGCCCUCUGUAGGCAGAUCAGUCAGAUAUGCAAGCCUGCAGCUCCCAAAGCCAUGUUAACAAGCACCUUUACAAAAGAGCGAGGGGCUGUUAAUCAUGCAAGUCUGCAGGGGUCUGGCUAGUGUGGGAGGAGGGCAGGGCAAGGGGGAGCAGAACAUUGAGAAUAGGAGUUCAAACUAAUCUCAUAAACCAUAGGCUCCUUGUUGGGAGAAAAACUUUAAAAGCCAGAACAAGUGAUGAGUCAGUGACUUGGCAACUCAGUCAAAGCAUGAAUGUGUUAGUUGGCUCUGAGCUUCUGUCAUUCAAAAUAUUAGGGAAGCAUGAUCGGCGAAAUCAGAGACAAUGAGCAACAUGACUUCUAAAGGAAGAAUUAGCAUGCAAGCAGAUGUUCUGUAUAAAACAUCCUGUGCUUUAGCGAUCCACAUAUUUAUUCCUCUUUGGAGCCUGGCGUGAAUUCAAGCCUGACAUUCCUGUGAGUCAGGUUUGGCUUUGUGAUACAUCCUCACAGAUUCUUGGCCAACACGUGGAAGCAAACAUCUUUCUAACAAAUGUUUUGCAUGAGUGAGUGUGUGCGCUUGAUAAAAUGUGAGGCUGUGAAGUCUUGGCUCCUGACUCAACCUGCCUAUAGUUAGCCAUCUCCCAAAUGAAACCCAAGCUGCUCUCAAACAAGGCCACAUUUUUGCAGGUUAUUUUGGUCUCAUUUGCAAGUCAAUAGAUGUGAAAAAGAACAAGAGACAGUGUCUUGUUUCUCACUCCCCAUUCUCAUCCGAGGACAGGUUAUCAGAGUUUGAGGGCUUCAACUGUCAUGUAUGAGGAGAUAACACACCGAAUCUUCAGGAGAAAAAAAGGCUUAAAGUGAGAUAAACAGUCUCUUGAUGGAACAAGUCUUCAGUGGAUUCCUUUACAAAGGCGCCAUUGUUCAGCACAUCAGAGGCGUUAUAAUGGGACGUGCCAUAAGCCAGUCCGCCUGACUCGACACUAUGUGGCACAAUUCAGGCAUGGAUCCUCCUCAAAAGUGCCAAAUGCCACCGCUAUCCAUCAUGCUCAGCAGGUAUGUUGUUAGGCAUUGGCAAAGCUGCAGAGGCUGACAUGUCCUUGAGGGAGAUGUUUUGAUAUGAAUGAUGAGUAGAUACCAAGAUGCCUGGUAUGCUGUCUAUGCAGCACUAAAUCAUCAGUAGAAGGGUCUUGUGUGCCACUAACUUGGAAAGAAGAGCCAAGAGCACACAGCUGAAUGACAGUUCAGGUUGGUGCUUGCGUGGACCAGCUCAGCCCUCAGUAGCCUGUGUCAAUGUUGGCCCCGACAUAAAUUCUGUGUAUACAUUCCCUUCUUAUGUAUGCAUAGGAGCUGCACGCUCCCAGAGGCAGCCGGGCAUAUAUAUCAUUCCAGGAGAGAGCACAGACUUUCAGGCCACUACUCUACUGUCACGCCUGUGUUCAAAGGCUGCACUCAAGUGUGUCUGGUUUUCUCAGCUGUCUCUCCACGGCCCUCGGUGCCCUUGCUGGCCAUAGGGGGUGGAGGUUUGGGGGUGGUGGUGUAAGGGCCAGGCUGCUGGACGCUGACUGGUCUCCCAUUUGAUCUCAGCCAGAGCCUUUGGCCUGUGAGAAAUGACCACAACUGGACACACAUUCAUCAGCUCCUCGUCUGCUCGGUCCUCAAAGAGUUAAACAGCAGCUCUGUAAGUCACUGAGUUUGGUUAGUUUAUUAAUUGAUUUCCUUCUCAAACUUGAAUCAGUGGUAUUUCCCGACUGGUUACAAAUUUGACAAACCAGGAGACAAUGCAGUAAGGUGAGACUUUGAAAGGAAAGGGGCGUCAUACGAUUUCUUUUUUGGCAUUCACUGUUGUUAAAGUAAAUGAAAUUUAAGGGUCUCACUUUAAAAGCUUCACUGUGGAUGGCACAACUCGUAAAUCCAGAAUACUAACACAAAUAUCUUAGCUUUUACUUCAAUACUGUUCUUUUUCUCCCAUCACAUAAAUUUUAAGACUUAAUAAAUGUCAAUAGGGCUGUAAAGUUUGUUGUUUGGUUUCUAUUGUUAAGUAGAAACAAAACAAUCUGUCAAAAAGUCAUGUCUGCACGGAUUAAGGCCAAAACUGUGCAUCUCUUUGACUUUCCUUUCAACUGUCAAUUAUCAUUCGACCCUAUCCAUCUAAACCCCUCAAAAUCAAUCUCUCCCUGUCCAACAACUUCACCUGGUGUUGUCCUGUCCAUCUCAAAGAUGAAAAGACGAUCAGACACUCGGUGUAGCAGGUUGGAAAACAAACAGUCCAAAGAAAAAAGGGAGAUGAAGGGAGAGACCAGGCUUGUGGACAUUCCCCAUAUGGUGGCCCCGUCUUAAGGCCGGCACUGUGUUUAUACAGACUUCAGGCUCAACUGAUCAAGCCAGCAUCAGAUCUCAUGAGGUGGCCUCUCUCUUGGGACAUAGGAUGACGCAGCAGUGAGGCGGGCUGAAUGAUGACUCAUUCAGACCUCAGCUCCACAGCGAAGAAGUCAACUUAAAGAUUGGACAGCCAGAGUCUGAAAACUGAACUGUAGUCGAGAAAAGGAAGGUGAGGUUUGCAAGACAUUACCCAAGCGUGGGUGUACCUAUAAGUAACGAUGAGUUUUUCCUGCCUUAAAGAACAGCUAACGGGUUGUUAAUGCCAAUUUUAACAUGAUGUCAAGUCACAAAGCGUUGGGAAUUUCCUAAAGGUCUUCAUAUCCUCAAAAGCCACAUGAGGAAAACACAUUUUUAACCGGAGCCACAACAGCAGUGAAAGGGUACAGUUCUCUUUAUGAGUGCUUUUAUCAAGUUGACUCAUCACUAGUAAACCGAACCAAGAAAACCUUUCUCGAAUACCAUAAUUGGCUUUUGAGGGGGCUGUGUGCCUUAUGAAAGUGACAGUGAUGCUGUGAUUCAGCUGGUGGUUAGCACUCAAGGAAAUUACACUGACAUGACGAAGAGAUCGGUUGAAGUGAAGAUAGUAUUAUAAGGGAUUUCACUGACGUAAUGGUUCCUAAAGUUCUCCCUAUCCUCACCCAAAGUCUUCUGUCCUUCCGCUGACCUUCCUUUUUGUUUUUGUCUCGUCUAGUAAAAAAAGAGUCUGAUGAGCCUGGCGAGCGCAGCAGCGUCGGCGGCUGGCCUCCAGGGUGGAGCGCGCCAGCGAGACUUGAUGAUGGAGCAGAAAGUCAGUAAGCUGACCUCCGCCUUCCAACGCAGCUCCACCUCUGAUGAUGACUCAGGGUGUGCACUGGAGGAGUAUGCCUGGGUACCACCUGGCCUGAGACCUGAACAGGUGAGUUACAUAUUACACUGAAAAACUCGGAUGGCUGUUUUGGAGAUUAAUGAAGGUGUUUUGAGAUGAGCUGAAGUAGGGCUGAGUGACAAACCGAAAUUUUACAGAUACCGAAAUUUACAACAAUAACCAACGUCAUUUUGACCAUAUCGGUAUGUUCGGUGGCAAAAUAAAGAAAUAAAUAAAAGUUGGUUUUGGAUGUGUGUAGGUAGGCUAUGCUCUCAUGUCCCAUAAGAUGCUGCCCUAAGUCGGAGACAUGACUCCGUAACAAAGAGGGAAAGACAGGUGAGGAGAUGGAGAACGGUUCAAAAGUUGUAGCGGCUGGAGCGGCGGCUGAAGUAGACGUAGUUGAUGUGGGAGGGGGUAAUCGCCCAGCCCUAAACUGGAGCAAUCCGAAAUCCUGGGCAGUUUGGAUCAGGCUUUUCUUUGCUAUAGAGAAAUAGUCACAGCAUGAUACUGUUAGCUUUGAUUGUGGUGCCUAUCUCAUUGGUUAAGCAAUCAUCAUUCCCCAAAUCACCAUGGUGAAUAAUAUUGGAUCCUCCUGACAGGGAAUAAAAACAGUGCUGACCUGAUUUUAACUCCCUUCUAGCCUAUUUUCCUGGCCCAGAUAAAUGCUAUUCAGCACAUCAGUGAAUACAACACACCAGCUACAGUCUCUUGAUAAUGGCACUUAAAGGACAAGCAACAUAUUUCUUAAAACUUCUGCUUGCUCCCUUUUAUCAGGCUCUACCAUGGAGCCAGUAAAAGACAGGAUGUGUGUACUUCAAUUUACAAACUGUGGCAUGGCAGGGUCUGCUUGUCAUUAUCACAGAUCUGUUAAGAAGAGGACUCGGUGGGCUGAGACCACUGCUGGUGGCAGAAUGAAUAAUCACGGGGCUGUCUUUUAACAAGCCUUCCUCUCCACAAACACAGGCAGGGCUGUUAGUUGUGUCCGCAGGGCAGCCAGUGUGAUGUGGCACUUUACCCAAUCUGCUGCAUUUUUCCUUCCCCUCAUUUUUCUUUCUUUUCUUGCUGUGAUCUCUCUUCUUCUCCGUGUCUCUCCAUCCCUCUUCCCUUGUUAAACUACACACAUGGAAGCAAUGAGGGCGAGAGGAGUUCUCAGCUACAGAGAACCUUAAAUCCCAAACAAGCAGAGGCUUUUGUUUUGGAAAUGCAUGGGUCAACUGUAAUGUCUUUACUGCAGCCAUUGCCCUGAAUAGGCCAAGUAUUACGGGUCAUCAUUACAGUGAAGACACACAUGGAGAGCUUGGGUGAUAGCAGACUGUUCCCCAGCCCCAAGGGUGCUGGAUGAGGGGUAAUAGCUACAUCAAAAUGUGCAUAAUUUAUGGUCAGGGGGGGGCAAACGCUGGGUUGAUUGUCAGGGUAAACUGCCGUUACCCCCUCUAGACGACCAAAGCUGCAGGAAGCCACCCCAACACACAAGACAAGCACAUCCCACCUCUUUAUCUGGCCGGCUGUAAUAGCCCCUCCCUCAUAAAGUUUAGUUUUCAGUGGCCAGCCCCAAGGGUCAAAGUGCCACUGCAACAAGCUGCUUUGUCCCAUCCUUUAGAGACAAGCAUAUGACUGGAAAAGUACAACCUUUAAACUGAUUUGACCUGUUGACCUAUUUUCACUCUGGUUUAUGAAGUUUAUCACCUCCCUGCAGUCAUCAAAACAUUAACGCUCUGUGUUGUUAUUUAGAAAUAAAUCUAACAUGUGGAGUUAGGUAACAGUCCAACAUUUCAAUAACACAAAGUCAGUCUUCCAUAUAUUUUAACACCGCGCCAUCCCAGAAUGUGUCUCAUUACAAGUUUAUGUGUUAGUCUCUGGUCCCUUGGAAAAUAAUUUGUGUUCCUAAAUAUGGAUCGUUCAUCCAAGAUCAUUACGAUGAAAGAUUACUGCAAUUCGCUGGUUAAAUUUUUUGUUUAAAGUAGCUCAACUUCUAACAGAUAUAUGUUCAUGAUUGAUGACUACACAUGCUUGAAAAUAUAUAACUUGGAACGGAUAUCAGUUGUCUUUCAUGGUUAUGUGUUGAAUCUUUCAGUUUGAACAAGGAAGUGUUUAACGCCUUGUCACUUGUAUAUUUAGUGUUUUUUUAAAUCAGGCUCACACAUCACUGAGGCUUUCCAAACUGUCUAGACAUAAAACAGUGUUCCUGUGACUAAUGUUUCUUCUGCAUGCUAUGAUUCCUCCAGGUCCAGUUAUACUUCUCCUGUCUGCCUGAGGAUAAGAUCCCCUACGUGAACAGUCCAGGAGAGAAGUUCAGAAUCAAGCAGCUCCUCUACCAACUUCCACCACAUGAUAAUGAGGUGAGAAUAUUAUGUGUGCAUGUGGAAAUGAAGGUAUCAUAAAACUUGUCCCAGCAGGUCCUCUCAUUUCAGCCUCUCUCAAUUCUGUUGGAGUAGUUCUAUCUGAAAAACCCACAGCGUUAAUAACUGCGCCAUCUUUAUGCCAUGCCACAUCUGUGAAGCCUUGGCAGUCACGCUGACACCACACUAGGGGAUUUUUGUUCCACAAUCAUGUAGACUUGUAGAGUGGGCACAAUGUGACUUUUGACUUGAUGAUUUUAUGAUGUUUGCCAGGAGCCCCCACCAGCAGGAUUCCUGUCAUAGCAGUGGUUUUUACGAGGACCGCUCAGCGGGAGAGAGGGGCUGUGGUUGAAAGAGGCUUUAUGUGAUGCCACCACCACAGUGGCACCACGGUUCAGCUUGGCUGUCUCUCUUCUUUUGUUGCCCGUCCUCUUGAUUUCACUCUAAACACAGGCCUUGUUUGUGUAAACGUCUGCUUUCCCUCUUGUUAAGGCUUUAGGAAACAUCAAAAAGGUUCGUUGUAAAAAUGAUGUUCUCAAUCAGAGGCUGUGGGUGGAGAUAUUUAGGGGGUGUAGGAAGGGCAAGCUGGGGUCAAGAGGUACCUUUGUUCAGCAUGCUCUGGUAUGCACUCUGCCCUCGCUUAUACUUAUCGAAGUUUAUCACCUUUUAGUGACCUGCAGCUUUUCAAAGAUGAAAAAAAGAGAAUCUCACUUGAACCCCUUUUGAUGAUUUUUUUCUUGCAUAUUUUUUUUAGCAUUUUACAGUAGAAAUAAAAAACAUCAUUCCUUGGUGCAAUGAGUGGAUGUUAACUGACAACUUGGCAUUUUCUUCCCAGGUGCGUUACUGCCAGUCUCUCAGCGAGGAGGAGAAGAAGGAGCUACUCAUGUUCAGCGUCCAGAGGAAGAAAGAAGCUCUCGGAAGGGGAACAAUAAAACUGCUGCCCCGCAAUCUGCUGAAGAGCAUUUGUGAGCAUGUACGUUUCAUGUCUUACAUGCAUGAGGGUUUCAUGACUGUUAAUAUGGACAGAAUAAUUACUUGUUAAUGUGUUUUUAAGCCUAUAUUAUAAGAGCAACAGCCCAUUGCAACUAUUGUGUUGCACAGAUGUGUCUGCUUAUCUUCUACACAUCUUCUCUUCGGGUAGUCAGGUAAUCUAGUUUCAGUUUUGGCAAGAGUAUGCAGAAAUAAGCUGAGGCUUGAUUUCAGCCUUGCAGACAAAAAGUUUUCUUUGCUUUUUCUCUUUGAGUGGUUUGGACUGACUAAUGGUAGUGUUUUCACUGGUAUUCACACGAUUCCAAAACUUUCACAUGUAUAAAAAAAUGAUUUUCUUCACACUUUGUGCUGGUCAGAACUGCCAGAAAACAGACACGUCUAGGGCUGCAGUCGGGACAACCCAGCAUGCAGAUGGACUAUAUUUUGACCUCUUCAUCAACAGAGCAAUUAGGCUUGAAAAUCACAAUGUUCAAGUUUAGACCAGAAAAUUUGUGUUGCAUGACAUACAAAUUUGAACUUAACAGAAGCGUGUGGUUUUAAAAGAGAAGCAAUUAAGUAUCCAGACUUCAUUCCUAAUUUGAUCUUGUCACACAACUCCUUGAAACUCCUGCUAAAGAGCUGUUUCAGAGUCAUUUACUCAACCAUACCAUCAUCUUGUGUGUUGCAGUGCGGUGAAAACAUCAAUGGUGGAGAGAUGGCUGUGUUCGCCUCAAGGGCGGGCCCUGGGCUGUGCUGGCACCCAGCAUGCUUUGCCUGCUCAACAUGCAGCGAACUGCUGGUGGAUUUGAUCUACUUCUACCAUGAUGGAAAGAUCCACUGUGGAAGGCACCAUGCUGAGCUACUCAAACCGCGCUGCUCAGCCUGUGACGAGGUAAAACCACAAGACUGAAAUACUGAAAGAAAACAAUGUAGUAAAGGGCCAAACUUUAGGAGUCUGACAGUCAAGAAAUUCUCUGGGAUAGUACUAACAUUUACUUAAGAUCUACACUGUCUUGGAUUUAAUGUGUAACCCGGUUCAAUGUCUCGACAGAUCAUCUUUGCUGAUGAGUGCACUGAGGCAGAGGGGCGCCAUUGGCACAUGAAGCACUUCUCCUGUUUUGAAUGUGAGACUAUUCUUGGAGGGCAACGCUACAUCAUGAAGGAUGGCAGACCAUAUUGUUGUGGCUGCUUUGAAUCUCUCUAUGCGGAGUACUGUGAGGCCUGUGGAGAACAUAUUGGUAAGAUGAUUUUCUUUGAGAGAAUCAAAUCAAAACAUGUUAGUGCUUUUGGACCAAAAGAACCAGUUGUAGUUCCAGGAACUUCUCUUCUCUUCUCUUUCUCUCUAUGAAAAUAUGUAGCUGUCCGUGUUUCCAUUGCAAUUUGAUGUUCUGUAAAACUAUUCAGUUGUUCAGGCCAACGACAUGUGGAGAACAGGUCCAGGGCAGUUAAUUUGUAAACAAAGUCGCUUGGGCAUAGCUCAACAAAAACAUCACAAAUCAUAUUGGCAGCAUGCGAGUUGUACUAAUGAUUAAAUAACAUUAGGUUACUAGAAAUAUUUGCUUUUGCACCAUCUCCAUUUUGUGCCUGUCUGCACAAAACGUUUUCAGAAAAGACCAACUUGAAAUGGAGAAAAGAGGAAAUAUUCCAAUGCAAUCUCUCCUCCAGCAGCUGCCAGUCUUUAAUAUGUAAAAUAAGGACCUGUGUUUAAAUGUAAUUUAGAGUCUUCAGGCCUUGCCCAUUAAGUUCCCCAGACUUUUGGAAAGCACCGUCCUGUCUGUAGAAACUUAAUUACCCUGGAACAAAAUUUAGACCCAGGUUCCUGCUAUUGCGCAGAGUUCCUCAAAAGGUUAGUCAGGGUUACUUCCUGCCGUCUACAAGUUUCUGUCACAUUUUUUUGACUUCCAGUUUUACAUGGCUAACCAUCUUAAUAUCCUUUUUUUCCAGGUGUUGAUCAUGCUCAAAUGACCUAUGAUGGGCUCCACUGGCAUGCGACCGAGAGCUGCUUUAGUUGUGCGCAGUGUAAAAGUUCCCUACUGGGCUGUCCCUUCUUGCCCCACCAAGGCCGCAUCUACUGCUCCAAGGCCUGCAGUAUUGGAGAAGAUGUGCAUGCCUCUGACUCUUCUGAUUCUGCUUUCCAGUCAGCACGGUCACGAGAAUCUCGGCGCAGUGUGCGCAUGGGAAAAAGCAGUCGGUCAGCUGACCAGUGCAGACAGUCGCUCCUCUUCUCACCGUCUGUCAACUAUAAGUUCCCAGGCUUCAGUGGAAAUGCUGAUGACACCCUGACCAACAAGCUUGCACACAUGAACUUAUCUGAUGAGCAUUUCUGGAGGGGACGUAAUGAGGAGAACGAGGCACCUGAAGAUCAGGAGGAGGAGUGGGCUGAGCAUGAAGACUACAUGACUCAACUGUUAUUGAAAUUUGGGGAACAUGGUGUCUUCCAGCAAGCCAGUGACUCCAGACCCACUGAUUUCUGGAUUGCUGAAAAGGAAGCCAAGCUGAAGCAGGAGUCUUCAAAACCUGGCACUGGGAGUGGAGGGGGAAGGGGGAGCCUGGCAAGUAAGAAGUACCAGGCUGACAUGUACUGGGCCCAGUCACAGGAUGGGCUUGGGGACUCAGCUUAUGGAAGUCAUCCCGGGCCAGCUAGCAGCAGAAAGAUCCAGGAGUUGGAGUUGGAUCAUGGAGCUGGAGGAGGCUUCCAGGGAGAGGAGCCACAGUGGUACAAUGACUCUUUGGAGUGUAUCACAGAUGAGUUCAAGAAAACGGAUCAGAGCGUCCGGGACUCCAUGGAUUCACUGGCACUCUCCAAUAUUACCGGUGAGUGGACUUGUCAUGAUAAAUAAAAUUUAGAUUUUUUUUUUCCAAUGUGAUGACCAUGGUUUGCUCUUAGACCCAUAUACUUACUAAAUUUUCCUCUCUCCUAUCCAGGGGCAUCUGUAGAUGGUGAUAAUAAAGACAGACAACUGGUAUAUUCCCUGCAAGGAUUCCAUGAACUGGAGACUGAAGAGUGUGAGAAAACCAGUAAUAUGGGAACCCUCAACUCCUCAAUGUUACAUAGAAGUGCCAAUUCCUUGAAGAGCCUUGUAUCAGAGCAGGAAGAAGAGUUUGAAGAAAAUGUUCCUGAGGAAGAGGAGGUGCCUCUUCCAGCAGACAUGCCCAAACCUCAUGUACCUGCUAUCAGGAGGACACGCUCACAAUCCAGACCUCAGCAGGUCAAGUUCUCUGAUGAUGUGAUUGAUAAUGGCCAUUACUGUGAUCUCCCAGUGCGCCAGCCACCUAUGAGUGAACGGACACGUCGGAGAGUGUACCACUUUGAGGAGCAGGGCCAGGAUCUUCACUCUGGUCGCCACCAUCACCACCGCAGGAGGCAUCGCAGUCGCAAGUCUCGCUCUGACAAUGCUCUUAACCUACUGCCGAAGGAGAGGGCCAGAAUGUGCUACAAAGUGGACCACAGGGGAAAUGCACUUGGGCCUAAGGGGCAUCAAGCCUUUCUGGGCCACCCAAACACUGCUGCCAUGCCAGACUAUGGGCCACAGGGCCCAGCCAUGGGGAGGUUCUUGGGACUAUAUGGGGAGGAUGAUGAUUGGUGCUCCACAUGCUCUUCUUCCUCCUCUGAUUCUGAGGAAGAAGGCUUUUUCCUGGGUCAGCCCAUUCCUCAGCCAAGGACUGUUCGACACUACUAUGCAGAUGACUUGCCAAGCCCUGUGGCAGGCAUGUCCUCUCCUUCUUAUGGCCUACGGACUAAGUCCAAAAAGAAAAAAGGGCACAAGGGGAAAAACUGUAUCAUUUCAUGAUAGUUCCUGACUCACCUCUCUUUAGCUUUGUGUAUUGCUCUGCCACUCACAUCUGCUUCUAAUAUUCACCAUUCAAUGCAUUAACAGUUUGCUUUCUAUUAAAUGUUUCACAGCACUCAAUUUACUGAAUGUUGAUGCAAGACACAGGUCCCUCUUUUGCAACUUUAUAGGUGUGGUAUUACAAUUUUUCCAGUAAAAUUGCAAGGUAUUUUAGAGUGAUACAUAUUUAAGAACAACUGUUUAAACUGUGUUUCACAGUUAAGACAUCGAUGUAAAUAUUGUAGAAUUAAAAAAAAAACAAUGGCUAUUUUUAUACCCCUGAGUUCAUGAUAUGCUUUGUGCUAAAACAGCAAACAAUCAAUUCGGCAGUUAACAUUGAGCCAUAAUCCUGAGGUAAUGUCAGAUAUUCAACGGCAGACCACCUCUGGCCCAGUAUCUUCAAAAGUGUUGCCUUCCAGGCUUGAACAGCAUAACAUGAGAGAAACACUGUGUAUUAAAAAGCUUGGUUGAGUGGUGUAUUUAUGGGUCACAGCAUUGUAAGCAUAUCUUUAUAAUCUGUAUAAAUGUACAAACUGGAAUAUAAGGCUAAGAUAGAUGAUAACUGUAAUAAAUAUCUAUAUAUCAUG